CUCUCGCCUUCUUCUUGUCCCUACUAUCGUGACGGUCCAAGACUCGUACUCAAAAUGCCCGAUUUGGACGCACCCAUCUACCCCAACAUUCCCGAAUCAGAGGGCUGCGCCCUCCAUGUCACCAUCUACAUCGACCCGAACAACGUGAAGGCCUUCUUCGAGGCCUACAGACCCGUCUACGACGGAUGUGUCUCCGAGAAGGAGUGCACCUUCUUUUCGGUGUAUCAGAACCCUGAGAACCCGGGGCAGAUAUCGUGGAUUGAGCACUCGACUAAGAAUCCGGAGUGGUUGUUCAAGAACCAGUUUACGAAGGAGUACUACAGGGAGUAUUUCAAGGUCACGGAGGCGAUGUUUGUGAAGCCGAGGGAAAUUAAGUGGUUUAAAAGGGUGGAAGGGUAUACUACUGUGAAGGAGGAGUGAAGAAGGCGUAUGUGGCAGUGGGAAGAUGGAAGACCUUGGUUGAUGUGAAUGGCUUAGGCAGAAUAUGGGAUAUCGGAGGCUCGAAGUAAAUAAGCCAGCGUCCAUAUAUGAGACUGCUGACUGAACACCUCAGCUUAGUGGUUAGUGGUGGCGAUGCUUCACAAAGGGCCUCCAAUACAUGUACGCUCAACCGAAGAAAGACUGGCGUAA